AGAGAGAGAGAGAGUAAAGGAACGGAAACUUUGCCUGCAUCACCUUCCACUAGCUGGAAACCACAAUAAAUUUCUGUCGAUGAGUUUCAUAACGGUUGAGUUUACAUUUGACGAUUUAGCCAAAAAAGUUCUGUCGUCUGUCCCGAAAAAUUUUGUUCUGUAUCUCGACUGAAUUUGGCGUUCUCUGAAACUUGUUUAUACGUAAACGUAUAAAGACCAUAUUCUGAUCGAAUUGUGCAUCAAAUAUUUUGUUUGUGAAUUACAACUCAUUUCUAGCACUGAUAUUUUCUUUAUGUUAUUGCAGAACAGGAAUUUAAAGAAUUACAUGUUUUUGCAUAUUGCGACAGACGGUAUUGUUCAGGGAAGAGGUUGGGUAUUGUUUUGCUCAGUGGUCUAUUUUAAAAUAACACUUUACGUCGUGAGAGACGCCACAGUCUCGGCUAAAAUAUACAUCGUGAAGUAAAUAUUCUUAUUUCUUUCAAAAUAAUGGAUGGUAUUAAAGAAUACAUCUCACCCAAGAGAUUUAGCAUCUUAUCCUACAUAUGUGUGGUCAUCCGUUUUCACUGUGGAGUGAUAUUCACAGCAAUUACCACGGCUCUGAGACUCAGCGAGAUGGAAAAGUUCAGUUGUGCUGUUGACACAAAACAUGCACCGCACAAAAGUUAUGUCGAGAAAACGUGUUUUUCAAUCUACGAUGACGAGUACAACUCUCCUGUGAAAUUCUUUGCUUUUGUUCUGUUCAAUUUUGGUUCUGUUGUUGUUGUGAGUGUCGUUUAUUCGCUUGCUGUUGGCAAUCGUAUCGAAGAUGCAGAAAGACUCUCAAGCGGAAGUGAUGAACCUAAAACAGUCGCGAAAGGGAACAAUGAACAAGGUAGAAAAACCUUUUAUGUUUUCAAUUUCUAUUUGUUCCACCUUGUGGCUCGUUCAAUGCUCUGUAUAUUAUUCACAAUUCUACAACAUACCGUAUUGUAUCCGAGUGGUUUUGAUUCACAAUUCACUUGUGUUUAUCCCGAAUUGAGAUCAGUUGAUCCUAACAUGACUCCAGCAAAUAAUGGAAGUGCCAACUUAUCCAGUGUAAAAUGUACGAACUCGGCCGCCAAAGAUAAACAGUUUUGGUUGACAAUUGUGUCUGUUUGUAAUCUCAUUUUUGCUGUAAUUGCAUUAGCAGAAGUUGUUUAUCUGCUAUUGCUGCGAUUUCCCAGUGUCACCCCUCAAUCUUCUGUUACUUGGUCAUGUGAUUGGCAAUUUAUUAAUAAACACUUUCUUCGAAAGCAAUAUGUACCUAACAGUCGUGACAUUUACAAGCAAAAGGUUUUAAAGCCUUGUCUGACACCUGAUAUAAAUUAUGGUUUGAAUAAUAUAAGCUUGGAUGAUGUGUUUAUUGAUGUUGUUAUCCAUACUGAGCGAGCACCACACAGGUUUUCAAAAGAAAUGUCUAGGCAUGAGAUCUAUGAUGUUUAUACAAAAAUUCCUGAAAAAUCAAUCCAUCUGAAGGAGAUUAAAGAUCUAUUUUAUGCAAACGAAGACACUGACUAUAAUUUUCCUUACACCAUCUUGGUACUUGGGCGUCCGGGGAUUGGAAAAACUGUUUUGACCAGGAAAAUUAUGUACAAUUGGGCAAAAGAACAUAAUGAUAAAAUUUAUCACAACAAGGUCCCUUUCUACUUUAAAUUCCGAGAGUUCAAUUUCAAUAAGAUGCAAGACAUAACAAUUAAAAAAUUUCUACAGUUUGGAACUGAACUGAACGAAGAUGAGUUUGAAAGUAUUUUUGAAGAAAUUUUAAGAAAUCCACAAAAUGCUAUUUUUGUUUUUGAUGGUUUGGAUGAAUUUGGUGUCAAUCUUGGUGAAAAUUAUCAGCGUGUCCUAGCUCAGUCAAGAAUGUAUUCGAAUACUGAUGUUUCUUGCCAAAUGUCAGCAAUGUCUCUUUUUGUCAAAAUCUUGUCUGGCGACAUGUUACCAGGAGCAACAGUCUUGGUGACCAGCAGGCCAACUGUGAAUGAUGUUUUGUGCAAAAUGAAAUUUGACAGAACAGUUGAGAUUAUUGGGUUCACAUCAGAUAAAAUUGAACAGUAUGUUAAAAAGUUUUGUGCUAAUCAUAACAGGUGCGAUCUAGAAGCAACGCUAUUGAGUCAUAUCAAAUCAUCAUCUGAACUGAUGAAUUUAUGCUACAUUCCAGUGAAUUGUUUUAUUGUGUGUGAUUGUCUGCUCAGAUAUCUCAUUAAUUCAAAGGGUGAUAUUGGGGCUCUACCAACUACUUUGACUGAACUGUACCAGUCUGCCGUAGUGUUGUACUUUAAUGAGCAUCAUGACCGGAAUAAAAGCAAAGAAGUUUUAAAGGAACUUCAACAGUUGGCUUUCAAUGGUAUGAAAAAUGAUGAACUGAUUUUCAAUGGAGAGCUAGUUGAUGCCAAAAUGAAAGGGUCAGGAUUAAUAAACUCUUUACCUCAUCCAAUUUUUCAAAUUCAAACACAGGUUUGCUUCAUUCAUUUAACCAUACAAGAAUUUCUCGCAGCAAAGUAUAUUGUGGAAACAAAAACACCCGAACAAGUAAAAGAAUUUAUAUCUUCUCAUAUCAAUCAUGGCAGAUGGCAUCUCGUGCUUCAGUUUCUUGCUGGAUUGUUGCGAGAGAAGAUGGAGACAUCUCGUGAAAACAGAAGCUGCGUGUUUAUGUUUAAAAAAUGUCUUGAAAAUGAAAUGAAUGUGUGUUUGCAACUUGGUCGUCAAACAUUAGGGAUGAAAUGUUUAAGAGAAACACAGAAUGAAAAUAUUGCCAAAGAAAUUGUUGCGAACUCGAUUUUAAAAGAUGCGACUGUGAUAUCAUGUUCACUGCCUGGCGCACAAUUGCUUUCUCCAAGCGAUGCAGCAGCAGUUGUGUUUCUUUGCAAGCAUAUGAAGGCUUUAAAUACUUUACAUGUGUUCAGUUUAUCUAGCUCUGAUUGUUCGCUAGAAUUAGUUAAAUUACUCCAAGGAAGAUGCAUGAAAUCACUGACCAUCAUUGGUUGUCAUUUUGGUGACUUGUGUCUGGAGCGUCUUGGUGCAUUAUUGAAAUCUGAAUGUCAGGUGAAUCACGAGUGUUCCAAGCUCACUAUAUUGAUUCUUGGAGGUAACGGUAUUACUGCUACUGGUGUGGCUCAUGUUUUAGAUAGUCAGGUUUAUGAUCAGUUGACCGACCUUGACCUUAGUUACAAUCCUAUUUGUGAUGAAGGUGUUCGUAUUCUAUCAAUCGCAAUGAAAAAAAGGCAGUUAAAACUUGAUACUCUGGUUCUUACCUCCUGUGCUUUGACCAGUGAGAGCAUGCCUAGGCUUGUGAAAUUUCUCGGUAAUGAACAUUGCAGACUAAGAUCCUUGAGCCUUGGUAGCAAUGCUAUAAGAGAUGAAGGUUUUCGUGCCUUGUGCAGUGUUCUUGGAAAGGAAACAUGUGACCUUACUGAGUUAAACGUUUCCGAUUGUUCUUUAACAAAGAAAUGUAUCUCCACGUUGUGCGGCGCUCUUGAUGAAGAACAUUGUGGACUAACAUCAUUGGACCUUCGAAGAAAUUGUUUAGGUGAUGAAGGUGUACGUGAAUUGUGCGUUGUUCUUCAGAAAGGAACAUGUCAUCUUACCCAGUUAACAAUUUCCAGUUGUUCGUUAACAGACGAAUGCAUGCCGAGCUUGUGCCAGGCUCUUGGAGAUGAACGAUGUAAGCUCACUGAGUUGGAUGUAAGCAACAAUGGAUUCACAGAGAAACAUUUACCAUUACUCGCAGACGCACUUAAACUUCGUAAAUGUUACGAUGGUCAUUUGAGAAUUGGGAGAAAUAGCAUUACUUUAGAGGGUUUAAGAUUACUUAGAAGUGUUUCAGAACCACGUUUCACCAUCAGUGGUUGAUGUUUAGCAGAAAGCGAUUUACUCUUGUUUAAAAGGGCCAGCACACGGAGCGACAAGUCGCAGGAACAUGUCGCCUGAAACGAGUCACACAAGCGUCGGGAGCGGCAAUGUUGGACGAAAACAAAUCGCCUGCAUGCAAUAUAGUCAUGGGAAUGAUGUUUUAUGGUUGGUCAAACUAAUUAUUUCGCUGCCACUUAAUCUUGUGAACAGAAACCUUGAAAUACGCGACACGGCGCAUAGUAAUCUCAGGUCAUAUCUCCCGGGGAAGAUAUUUGUCCUGCGACACGAUGACUUCUCGCUUCCUGUUAUUGAACUUUAAAUCGUUAAAGACUUUAUAAACAAGUAUUGAUUAUCAGUAAGGAAAGUGAAGAUUUCACAAACCAUGUUGUUCACUCGUACCAGGUCCCAGUUAAAACACGGUUUGAAGACUAAACGACUGACACAAUACAAUUCAUUAACCAUGUUUUUGUGCGUUUGUAAAGAAUUUGUUCACAUCUCGUGUGCAGUCACGUGUCCCUUCUAUUUGAAUCAAAACAACCAGUUAAGUUAUUAUAUCCAAUAAUUGGUGGGAGGAGAUGCAUAUUCAUAUAUUCAGUUCUUGCCGACGAAUUCUUUUGUACACAUAUUUGUUUUCAAAAGAAAUCUGUUGGGCAGAGCUGAAUAUAUAAAUAUGCGCCCUAGUUUCAGUCCUGGUACCGUUUGUAUAAAAUGCUUAACUAGAUUUUGUGUAGUUAUC